ACCGUUCGAGACAGAAUUUUAGAGAAUCCAGUCGUCUUUUGCGAUCGUAACUACGGCACUUCGAUCCUUCGUGUUUGCUAACGAACGGCGUUUUGAGUCAUACGGUUCUGCAGUGUAUGGUAGUAGCUUCGGCAGUGUUUGGGGAAGGCCGCAUGCAUGAGUGAGGGGGAGGAGUGGCCAUACGCAACAGGUACCAAAAACUACCAGUCGACUCUGGAACGCCAGAGAGGAAGCACAUACAGGGGUGUGGUAAAGUUUGGUAUCAGUCACCGAGGAACGUUCUUAUUACUUUAGCUUUUUUCUUUUUGUUUGUCAUUUGUUCACAGUUUGUUUACUUCGUCCCUUAUCGGGAAAGAGUGAUUUCAAGAAAAGAAAGAAGUGUAUGUUUUUACAAGACAUGUUUUAAGAAGUAACUGAUUUCUUCGCGUUGAACUUCUUGUCUUCAAUAAUCUACGAUGGCUGACAACCCAACAUUUGAAAUCGAAGAGGGCGCCGCACUCCCGCAGAAGGAGAAAGGCGCCAUCCAGCCCCAGUUGGACGCCGAGGCUCCUCCCCCUCCGCCUCCGUCGCCGCCUCCAGAAGAAAAGGCAGAGGAUGCUUUGACGUCAGAGCUGCUCUACACUGUGGAUGAUGUUCCUCCUUGGUAUAUGUGCAUCUUACUUGGCUUGCAGCAUUACCUGACGAUGGUCGGCGCCACGAUCACCAUCCCCUUCAUCCUGACGCCUCUCAUGUGCAUCGACGACAACGACCCCGCGAGAGGCAAGCUUGUCUCCACCAUCAUCUUCGUCUCGGGAAUCGUGACCCUCCUGCAGGCCACUUUUGGGGUCAGGCUCCCCAUCAUCCAGGGCGGCACCUUCAGCUUCCUGGUCCCUACCAUCGCCAUCCUCGUCACCAGCUUCGAGGCCUGCGAUGCCCUCCCUCUCGCCAACAUGACGACGACGGAGCGCGAGGAGGUUUGGCAAGUGCGCAUGAGGGAGAUCCAGGGUGCCAUCGCUGUGUCGGCGAUUUUCCAGGUGCUCGUCGGGUUCACAGGUAUCAUUGGCAUCCUGCUCACGUGGAUCACGCCGCUGGCCAUCGCCCCGACGGUCGCCCUCGUCGGCCUGUCGCUGUUCGAGGUGGCCGCCGACAAAGCCGCGCAGCACUGGGGCAUCUCCUUCAUGACGAUGGCUCUGCUCAUCCUGUUUUCCCAGUACCUGAGGAACGUAGCGGUCCCUAUCCCCGCGUACAGCAAGGACAAGGGAAUUUCUAAGUCGUCUGUAUACAUCUUCAAGCUCUUCCCUGUCCUCCUCGCCAUCCUGAUCUCGUGGGGCUUCUGCGGAAUCCUGACGGCCAGCGGCGUCUUCCCGGAGGCGAACAAGGCACGCACGGACCUCACGACGGACCUGCUCAAAAACUCGCCCUGGUUCAGGAUUCCUUAUCCAGGCCAGUGGGGGGCGCCGACGGUCUCCGUGGCUGGCGUAUUCGGAAUGCUGGCUGGUGUCCUCGCGUCCAUGAUCGAGAGCGUCGGUGAUUACUACGCAUGCGCAAGACUGGCAGGGGCUCCUCCGCCGCCAACCCACGCCGUCAACCGCGGCAUUGGCAUCGAGGGCAUCGGAUGCAUCCUGGCCGGCGUGUGGGGCACUGGCAACGGCACCACCUCCUACUCCGAGAACAUUGGGGCCAUCGGCGUCACCAAGGUGGGCAGCCGGCGCGUGGUCCAGUACGGCGCCGUCAUCAUGAUCAUCGUGGGCAUGCUGGGCAAGUUCUGCGCCCUCUUCGUCACCAUCCCGGAGCCCGUGGUAGGCGGCGUCUUCUGCGUCAUGUUCGCCAUGAUCUCGGCCGUGGGGCUCUCCUCACUGCAGUUCGUCGACCUGAACUCCUCCAGGAACCUCUUCGUCCUCGGCUUCUCGCUCUUCUUCGGCCUCGCGCUGCCCAAGUGGAUCGAGAGCAACCCGGGAGUCAUUAACACGGGUGACGCCAUCGCCGACCAGCUCCUGACGGUGCUUCUGCAGACUUCCAUGUUCGUGGGGGGUUUUCUCGGCUUCCUCCUGGACAACACUGUUCCCGGCACGCCGAAGGAGCGCGGCCUCCUGCAGUGGCGAGCGACCAAGGAGGGCGGCGACGCGGAUGCUGUGUCGCACACCUACGACUUCCCCUUCGGAAUGGACGUCGUCAGGAAAAUCAAAUGGAUGAAAUACGUCCCCCUCUCUCCGACGUUCACCGGCUUCGUGAGAAAGCGUUCGUCGUAGUUUAAAAUUACAAGCACCUUAUCUUCAAGCCGUUACUGGUUCCCUAUCUCCGUGUCCAAUUUGCCGACCUUAGUGAUUUAUCUAACGACGGUGGUGCCGUUCGUCGGUUUCGUGGGGAAGCGCUACUGAUUUCGUAGGGCUUUAAGUGCCUUAUGUUUAAUCCUGUUAGGAGAUACGUUACCUUGAGUUCAUCCAAACGCCGAUGUUUGUGGUUAAUCCAGGGAGAACUGUUUAAAAAAAAAAUCACUAUUUUUUUUUGUUGUGCAGUCACAUAUGCAGGUCGUUUUAUGCCAUCGUUCCUUAUAUAUAGUAUUAAAGUAUGGAUGGUGUUACUCUGUAUAUUGCCAGAUUUAAUUUUAUUAGAGAAUAUUUGCACAAAUAUCCCUUCUUAUGUAUAUGGAAAGACAGAUUAUGCACAAACAAACAUAUCAUCAUUCAUGUUCACAAUUGUCAUGUUUUUUAUGACAAGAUAUAUUCACAUUUAAUCAAUUUUGACACGUCUUUCUUGUGUUUAAAAGAUGAUUUUAGUGCAUUUCAACUGUUGCAUUGUUGUCUCAAUAUCCUGUUUUUAUCUUCGUAAGAUAUAUAUAUGUGUGUGUGUGUGUGUGUGUGUGUGUGUGUGUGUGUGU